AUGGUGAACCUUCAAGUUAUGUCAUAUUAUGAUCCCACCCGACCAACAGAACUCAUUGUCGAUGCCUCUAAAUAUGGUCUCGCCAGUAUGCUCACUCAGCUUGACCCAAAAACAGGGCAAUACAAGAUGGUAGUUCGGUAUGACAGAAGGUCCACUACACAGCCGGAAUCCAG